AUGGCGAACUCGAGUCUCUCCCCUUCCCAAUCUACCAUGUCUCCCAUAGGCACUGCGAGACCAUUUCCAGCAAGCCGCGCCUACACUGCGCCAGACAAAAUGACGGCUAAUGGCCAUUUUGCGUCUGCUGGUCAGAAUGGGGAAGCCAACUUUGAGAAUGGCGUGCAGGUCAUUGAUGAGGACAAAGAUUUCAAUCCGGAUCUAUCCAAAUACUUGAAUUAUACCAACGUUUCUCACUCCGGAUUCAACUACCACUUGAUCUCCGUCUUUGGAUCACAGUCAACCGGCAAAUCCACCCUCCUGAAUGCGCUCUUCGGUACCGAUUUCUCCGUCAUGUCUGAGGCGGAGCGCAGGCAAACGACCAAAGGAAUUUGGCUUUCCAAGAACAAAAGCACGCAGGCAAACAUGGCGGAGAAUAUUUUGGUUAUGGACGUCGAAGGCACGGAUGGCCGAGAACGAGGCGAGGAUCAAGAUUUUGAACGGAAGAGCUCUUUAUUCGCGCUCGCCACGAGCGAGGUCUUGAUGGUCAAUGUGUGGGAACAUCAGGUCGGCUUAUACCAAGGCGCCAACAUGGGCCUGUUGAAGACGGUCUUCGAGGUCAAUCUACAGCUUUUUUUGAAGGACAGGAAGUCGACCUCCCGCAGCCUCCUCUAUUUCGUCAUUCGAGAUUUCCUCGGCACUACACCAUUACAAAACCUACGGAACACCCUGAUGCAGGACAUGGGCAGGAUCUGGCAGAGUCUGUCCAAACCACCCGGGCUGGAAAAGAGCAGCAUUGACGACUAUUUUGAUUUCGCAUUCACAGCCCUUCCUCAUAAGCUAUAUCAACCCGAGCAAUUUAAAUCGGAGGUGGCCAAAAUGGCGACCCGAUUCCGAGACGGUCAUCGAGACCCUCGAAGGGACGCACUGCUGGGGGAGUUUGAAGGAGGAGUUUUCCUACCAGAGUACCAUCGUCGCAUUCCUGCUGAUGGGUUUGCGCACUACGCAGAGGGCAUCUGGGAUCAGAUCGUUCAUAACAAAGACUUGGAUCUACCUACGCAACAGGAAUUGUUGGCGCAAUUUCGGUGUGACGAGAUUAUGCGCGAGGUCAUGCUUCUGUUUGACGAGACGAUCACUCCCUUCGAAACACAACAAGCAGAUUCUGCCAGGACGGGCGCCGCAGAGGUCAUCCCCAGCCUAGGCGCCGCGAUGCGUCAAGCUCGAGCCGAAGCCAUUAAAAACUUUGAAACAGAGGCAAGCAGAUAUCAUAAGGGGGUGUACCAACGGAAGCGGACCGAGUUGGAAGGCAAGACGGAUGCGAGACUGAAGGUACUUUUGUCCGGUCAACUCAGUGCUGCGCACAAACUGGGAGUACAGGAGUUCAGUGACGCUGUUAGCGGCGCCGUCAAAGCUGGGCAGAAGAAAGGCGCAUCGUACGACUUUGCCGAGAUUGUUAAGGAGCAGACACAGGUGGCGCUGAAACGAUUUGAGUCGAUUGCUAAAGAAGCCGUCAUUGAAGGUGUAUCUUGGUCGGAUUACAAGCAGGCAAUGGUGCUGUAUCAGAAGGAUCUGGACAAGGUUUCCGGACAGCUGCGCAGGGACGAGAUGCGACGACUGGCCACACGUGUCGAGAGAUGGGUCCGAAGCAGAUUAAACGACAGCAUUGGCUUGGAAUUCAAUUCUUUGGGCUCCGGCCGUAGCGGAUCCGGAGCCCCCGAACACGGAGAGAAACCGACCGAGAAAGGAAUCUGGGAUCGUAUAUGGAAUCUUUUCACCGCCACCGUUCAAGAUGCAGAGAAACGCUUUGCUGACCGAGCAGCUUCCUUUGACGCUAGUGCCGAAGAAGUCGAAGUAGGUCGAUGGCGACUGAGACGCAAGUCUUGGGCUGUUUUGCGCUCGAAGAUCGACGAGGAAAUGAUGGAAGGUAACCUCUUGCUCAAGCUUCGGGAGAAUUUCGAGGACAAAUUUCGAUACGACGAGGCCGGUGUGCCUAGAAUAUGGCGACCCACCGACGACAUCGAAGGUGUGUAUACACGAGCUCGCGAAAGCACGCUGACGCUCAUUCCGCUACUGUCGCGGUUCCGACAUUCCGAAUCUGGCGUACCGCCUCCUCUUGAUCGCUGGGUCGGCCCGACGCCGGCGGCUGCCACUGCUGCAGACGAGGAGGACCUUACGCCCAUCGGAGGCGUGGAUGAGGAAGAGGGCAAAAGCCUGGAGGAAGAGACGACCAUUCUCAACGAGGCCAAGAGACAGGACCUGACGGUUCGGUUCAAGAAGGCUGCCGAUGGGGUAUACGUCGAGGCCAAACGUAGCGCGAUUGGUGGCAUGACGCAAGUACCCUUGUACUUUUACGGUCUUUUACUCGCCCUCGGAUGGAACGAGAUCGUUGCCGUGCUUAGAAACCCGGUGUACUUCGUGUUUCUCAUCCUUGUUGGAAUUGGGGCAUAUGUCACGUACACCCUGAACCUGUGGGGUCCAAUGUUCAACAUGGCCAACGCAGCAUCUCAGCAGGCUCUCGAGGAAGGCAAGCGAAGGCUGCGAGAGUUUUUGGAGGAAAAUCCGACUGCACGGCAAGCCGUGGCCAUGUCGAGCAACAACAAUGAUUACGAAAUGACGAAUUUGUCCAAAUCUCCCAAGGUCAAAACCGACGGGGCCGACGACGAGGACGAGGACGAGAUAUAG